AUGCGAACCGCCCGGGCUGUCGGCCUGCUCGGCAGGGCUGCUGCUGCCGUCGCCGCCUCGUCCUCUGGCGUCCAGCUCGUGUCGCCCAGCGUCUCGUUGACGACCGCGCUGCAGACCGCGACGACGCCCUUCGCCGCUGCCACCGUCCUGAGCAGCAGCCUGCUAACCCCGGAGUCGUCGUUGCAGUCGUCGUUGCUCGCCAACGCCACCACAAUUGCCACUUCUGCCGCGACCGUUCCCACCGCCCGUCCUGAUGCCCCGUCGUCCUCGCAUACUGCGGGCGUCGCCGGCGGGGCUAUCCCGCAGCAGAUGCAAGCGUCCAUGGCCGGCCUGCUGGGCUUCUGCAUCAUGGGGCUUGUCAUGCUGUGA